AUGGAUAAGCAGGACGACUAUCCACAUGUUUGCUUUUGGGAUAAAGAAGAGUGGAUUGAUUAUAAAACAAGGGCGGCAAACCAUAACCAAUCAGUUGAUAAGUUAUAUUUUCUUUGUAACAAGGAUGGCAAGAUGGUUUCACAGGCACGUCGUGAAGAAAUGACGGAAACGCCCAAGGUGGCAUUCAACGAACUCUACUACUGGCGCCUUGAUCCACAUACAUGGGGAAAGGGAAAUCAACAGGCUUGGGACUACUUUAGCACAAUAAUGAGGGGAAAAUUUCCCGAGUUUAGAUGGUGCAGUAACAACUGGAAGAUUAGGGAGUUUGCAACCAUUAGAUAUCCUAACUGGGCAUCUCAUAUCCAUAAAACGGGUGACUUACUUCGUGCACGGCCUUCUAUUGGAAAGCGAGGCACCAAUUACAACAAUCUCACCGCUUCAAAGCCAAAAAAGCGACGCCCAAAUACUUCAUUGCACAGUCACACUGGUGAACAGCACAUCAUUGAUGUUGAUGCAGUUCCCCUACCCAAAGAAGUUCCGGUUCUGGGUCCAUCUAUACUACCCAACCCAGAAUUUGCAUCGGAUUUGCCUCAUCGUCAGGAAUCUCCCACGGUUGAAGAAAUCUCAUCGGCAACCGCAGCUUCCAUCUUGACUAGAACAUCUGUUGAGUUGGUCACCACAUUGACAUCAAACUCUACAAAUCUUUGCACCUUAGAAGACUCGGAAGUGCCUAUAGUCAAUGCUGAGAAACACACAGACAGGUUGGCCAGUAGUACUACAAGUGACCUUUCUGGCACUUCUGAACGGGCUGCAUUCCAGAGGGUAGAGGAUGUGGAGCUGACUGUACCUAAUAGAGUUCAGCAAAAUGCUAUAUCAACUUGUCGUACAAGGUUAAAUCCUUUAGCUGGUCUUACCAUUCCAAACCCAGCCUCUGAAGUUCCCGGGCAGUCUGCUCUUGAAAACACAUCCAAUUCCAAGUCCUCCAUGGUCCCUGUUGGAGUUCAUCUCUCACUGCUAAACAUGGCCGCUGCUCUUACUGGCGGAAGUAGCGCCAUAAAAAUUGGCAAUAUCGAACUUCUUGUUGGAGCUUCAAACUACAAUGCUUGGCGUCGCGGAAUGACAAUGUUCCUACGAACAAACAAUUUAUGGGGAUACAUCGAAGGAAAUCUCAGAGCGCCAAAUCCGAGGCACCACAACGCUCAACAACUCGCCCCUCACGUUCCACUCCAGGGUGCAACCAAUGCACAAGAAGACGCCUACAAUGCAUGGAGUUUUAAUGACAUGAAGGCACGCUCUCUCAUAGAACACCGAAUCUCACCUGUGUCCCUGUCACUUCUCCCAUACGAGAAGUACAAAACCGCACGCGAAGUCUGGGCUGCAAUUAAGUUACUAUAUGCGCGUCAGGACACGGCCAGUCAAUUCCUCAUCAAGGAUCGCCUGCACUCGUUGAAGCUGAAAGAUCAUAACAAUCUCGACAACUACAUCAGUGAAUUUCAACGCGGUUGA